UCGGUGGUGGGGCGGAGGUUGGGGAAUAUCUUCAUCGCGGAGCAAAUUUGCUUGCAGCGCCGAGAGUCUCAAAACACUGCGCAGAUUAAGGUGCCUAAAUCAUAUCGCAGUCCCUGGCACCAAGUGAUCGCGGGAAAAUACAAUCGGGUCCGCAUUCAUUGUCUAAAAUGGGAAGUUGUUAGAUCAUUCAUAGAGAAUUCUGCACGCUGUUCGUUAGCACCCCCCUCCCCCUCCCCAGAAUAAAAGGUGUGUAUGUGUGUGUGUCUGUGUGUGUGUGUGCACUGCAAAGGUAUUUAGUGGGUCUGCUGCGUUUUCCCAAACGAACACGCCCAAAUAGAUUCGGUAGAUAUAUAGAACCUGGGAGAAGAUCCAGCUCUCAUUGUGGGAAUGCCUAGACCCUGUGCGAUCUCCAACCUAGCCUCCCAUUGCAAUCUCCAUACGUGUGACACGCAUACAGAUGAUGGAUAAUCUGUAAAAAAAAAGUGCAGGAUAUCGAUUCUCCCACUGGGAUUUACAAUACACGCUGGUUUGAAUGUGGGUCCACGGUAGCUGAGAUCACAAGGGUCAGUUGGUUUCUCAGUAACUUGGACUUGUUUCUGCCUGGAACUCUGAUCAACAAGCAGACGAGAAGAAUUGCAUUCACCACACAAUCUGAAGCAUGAACCGAAAAACGCGGCGCUGGCUCUUUCACAUUUUCCUCUGCGUGGGAAUUGUGUAUCUUAAAAUAGGGGGAUUUUCUUCGGUGGUGGCCCUGGGAGCGAACAUUAUCUGCAGCAAGAUACCGGGCCUGGCGCCUCGUCAGCGGGCGAUCUGUCAGAGUCGUCCCGAUGCCAUUAUCGUCAUCGGAGAAGGGGCUCAAAUGGGAAUCAAUGAGUGUCAAUUCCAGUUCCGAUAUGGGCGGUGGAACUGCUCUGCACUCGGUGAAAGGACUGUUUUUGGCAAAGAGCUCAGAGUUGGAAGCAGAGAAGCAGCCUUCACUUAUGCUAUUAUUGCUGCUGGAGUAGCUCAUGCCAUUACUGCUGCAUGCACCCAGGGAAACCUGAGUGACUGUGGCUGUGACAAAGAAAAACAGGGUCACUACAAUCAGGAGGAAGGCUGGAAAUGGGGAGGCUGUUCUGCAGACAUCAGAUAUGGAAUUGGAUUCUCCAAAGUAUUUGUAGAUGCAAGAGAAAUCAAACAGAAUGCCAGGACACUCAUGAACCUGCACAAUAAUGAGGCAGGGCGCAAGAUCCUUGGAGAAAAUAUGAAACUGGAAUGCAAAUGUCAUGGAGUGUCAGGAUCAUGUACCACUAAAACAUGUUGGACAAUGCUUCCCAAAUUCAGAGAACUGGGCUACAUUCUGAAAGAAAAAUACAAUGAAGCAGUUCAAGUUGAACCAGUAAGGACGCAUCGAAACAAGCGACCAGUCUUCUUGAAGAUUAAAAAGCCACUUUCAUAUCGUAAACCUAUGGUUACAGACUUAGUCUACAUUGAGAAAUCCCCUAACUACUGCGAGGAAGACCCAAUCACAGGGAGCGUUGGGACACAAGGAAGAAUGUGUAACAAGACAUCCUCGCAAAAUAACAGUUGUGAUUUGAUGUGUUGUGGACGAGGAUACAACACUCACCAGUAUUCCAGGGUCUGGCAGUGCAACUGCAAAUUCCACUGGUGUUGCUAUGUCAAAUGCAACACCUGCAGUGAAAGAACAGAAGUUUAUACAUGUAAAUGAAAUUAAAUCCUUUAUAGGGAGGACAGUCAAAUCCUCCAAAGAAAAUACUCCUAAAUUUGCACAUGAUCUCAAUCUAGUGGCUGUGAGUUUGCAAAUAAUGUCUCGCUUUCCUAUAGAGUGCAAAAGCUUGAGGAUCCCUGUCUGAUAAUGUUGCCAGAUUGAUGAGCCCAGCUGGAUUGCAAAGAGAAUAUAGCACCUGUUGCCAUCUCCAUAAAUAUAACCACACAGAUUUUAAAUUCAUAAAGCCUUUUUCAAUUAGUGCAUUGAAAUAAAUCCAGGUCUGAACAGAAAAUGGCACAAGGUUGAAAAAGCCAUAGUGAAAUCAGCAGUAACUUGGCUUGAAAAUAAUACCCUUUAAAUAUGGACUAUAAACAGGACAGGGUUGAUAAUGCCCUUGUGAGAAUUUCUGCUUUGAGUGUGGAUUAUGCAGAUUUAGGUUUCUGCAUUUGUGAAAAGCUUCUGCUUGUCUUGCCUGUCUGGAUCUCACAGGAUUGGCUACAGCAAGUAUUACUGUUUUCAGUUUCCCAUAGACACUGACUUAUCAGCUUUUUCUUUUCUGCCACAUUUUUUCACGGCCAUUAAGAAAACCAUGGUGGACUGGGGCACUUGGACAUAAUGACUGACUAUACCAGCAACAUUAAGUAAAUAGUAACGACAAUAUUUAACAAUAUAUUUAGAGAAAAAGAAACUAAUAUUAAUUUAUUUAAAAAGAACUUGGGAUACUUCUACAAAGAAAGAGUUUUAUAUUCUUUGUGGAAAAUUUCUUUAGAUACAGCAAAAAUUGAAUUUGUUUGGCUGUAUAUAUUAGGUUUUGCUCAGAUAUUUCUAACGGCUGUAUUUGCAGGAAUAUUCUAUAUCCUGCAGCAUCAGGCUUUUUACUGACAAAAGCAGGCAUCUUUUGUAAAUCUUCUGCUGUUUUGCUGCUAGUUGUCUGGAAAAUCAAACUGGUUGUGAUCCUUUAAACUACUGUUAAAAAAAACUUGAUUAUUUUUCACUUUGAAAUGUCAACUAAUUAUAAGUCAUUUGAGCUAAAGAUUAUCAAAUUUGAUACUCCAGACAAAUUCCAUCAUGUGGAAAAAGGAACCAUAGGUUGAGAGAAUAUAUUUUGUAAGAGACUAUUUUUAUAUGAAUAUUUUAUUUAUACUGUUUCUGCUUGUAUAACUCUUUAACUAGUACUUUUCUUAAAACAUGCAUAAAAGCUGUGAUUAUUUGUAAUAGAUCUGAGGGAAUUUAACAGACUUAAGACUGAUUAGUUUAAGGACAGAACAGAGGCAAGCUGGAUAAAUUCAGAUUCAUCUAGUAGAUGCGUCAAAAAUGCACAGUGAACUUUCUUAGAUUAGCUGUAUCUGGAUGUGUGUGUUCAAACUGGCUCAUUAUUGCAUUUCAAACUGCAGAAUAUGCAAAACAAGAACAGGGUAUGUAGCAUCAAUUUUGUUAGUUGGCUUGAAUUCAUGAUUGGUAUUAACUGGAUACUCACUUAUCCCUUUCAGAAAAAAAAUGAAAUUGCUUCCCGCAUGCAUCAGUCAUUAAAAUGUGGGGUUAUGACUAGCAAAUCUGCUGUGUGUGCUUUGAGAUAAAGCUCCAUAUUGUGAAUGUGUCAGAUUGAUUUCGUCAUUGCUAUGCUUUAGACUGUGACUGUACAAACUAGCACUAUACACACUGUCUGAUUCACACAGAUAACAGACAGAGCUGUUAUCUAUAAUAACAAUGAAAAGUGGUCUAUUUCUUUCAUAAAGAAUGCUGAGAAUUCAAGAACACAUUCACUGUUUAGCAUUUACAGUGCAGGUACAUCUUGCAUAUUUUUUAAUUUUCAAGUUCCACAAACAUGGAACUUUAAGCUUCUACCAGAUUAUAUACGAUCAAGAGAAUGCAAUUUUUUAAGCUGGUUCCAAGACAUACAAAUGAAAAUAUCAGAUUUUGAAGGUCUUAUCUGGUUAAGAUAAUGGCACUUAGUUAAAAUAAUUAAUAUUCAUGGUCUAAAAUGUAGUUCAAACUGCAUGCCCAUUCUGAUUUUUCGAUCCUCUGAAAAUAUUCUUGAUACUUAAUUUUGACGCUGUUUCCCAGAGUGUUUGCUUUUGGCAUAUAUGAUAUGUAAUCAUCUCACUAAAGCUGAACAUCCACUUCUGAGAGUUGUUUUCCUGCCAAGGAAGAAAAAUCCUAUGCCAGAUGUCAUUGAAAACAUUAAUAAUUAAAAACAAACUUCUCAAAUCUAUAGUCCAUUUGUUUAGACAUGUGUAAAAAAUACACACCAGUGUCCUGCAACAAGUAUAAUCUAUCUCGUGGAUUGGACCAUGAUAAUUGCUAAAAGUUCUUGUCUAGGCUUACAUGUACAUCUUAGACAUAAUUGAUAUGAAAAAGAUUGUUUCAUAAAAUGCAUACUGCAGCAUUAAAUAGUUUUAAAGGCCUCCACACAUGGUAUACAUGUCCAUGUAUCAUAAACUGCAGUACUUUGCAGAACCCCAAAUUAAAUAAUUAGCAUAAACUGCAUGUAAAAAAAGGUUGUAACUUAUUUUAUGUCCAUUUUAUCUUUAAUUUAUUCAUGCAAGAAUUGUUAUCUUCAUGACCAUAUCAAAGCAUAGCCAUCUGCACAUUUUUAACUUCUCAACAAUCUAAGCUUAUUGACAUAGUUUCUUAAUAAUUUACAAAUAAAAUACUCAGAGUCAAUUGAUGAAAUCUAUAUCCCACAAAGAUAUAAUCUCUAACUGAUAACCUAAGAAUAGACAAGAUACACAAUGUGUUUAAGAAGGAGAGGUAUUUUGGCCUCAAUUUAAGGAGGAAAAAUCUGAACAAUAGGUAGUAAAUGGUCAAUGCCUCAUUCAUUCAUUAGCUCCUCAACCAAGCAGCCAUGAAGACUAAUGUAACAUUUCACCUUUUAAUAACAGGAUGAAUGAAGACAUAGACAACAUCUUAUGUUAAUAAUUAUGCAGCUAAAACUGCCAUUCUGAUGACUUGCUUGGACAGGAGGAGUGGUAACAAAGUAGUGAUAGAUUGUUCUUGCAUUAGUCUGCCACAGUGACAUCUGUUUUAUUCAGAGCUCUACCACAAGUUGCUACAACAACGCCAAAUUGCUUUAGAAAAUGCUGAAUUGUUGCUGAGAGAAUCUUGACUACCCAUUACUGAAAUGUUAGCUAUGCAAAACCAAGUAGCAUUUGGUAGCCCUUUAUCCAAAAGUAAUGUAACGAUUGGUAUGGGGUUGACGGAAAGAAGAUAUAGCAAAUGAUUGUUACAUCCCUGCUCUAGGCUUUUGCUGUCUUCAAAAGAAAACAAAAGCAAAGAAGUAGUGAAACUAUUUGAUUCACAAUUAUCUUGUUCUUAAAAUCAAACUGUAUAAAUCAUAAACAGACAAAAAGCAGAGCUUCUGUAUCUGAAGUACAACCUCCCCUAACCAGAUCAUCUCUGCAAUGCACAUUUUUGUUGUAAAUUUGGUUUAAUGUAUUGCAGGAUGCUUUUAGUACUGCACAAUAGUAACAUUAUUUCCUCAAAUUUGUCACUUCGUUUAUCUUCCAAGAAAACAUUAGCACUUCAAUUGAAAUUUCACAGACCACAUUCCCAAACUUCUCAGAGUCACAUGUUCCACAAAUUACUGAAAAUUGUUGAAUCCAAAACCAAAGUCAUUUUUAAUUUUACAAUUCCCAAGUGCAGCCAACAGUAGCUAACAAACACAUAUUCUGAAAUAAAAAUGUGCUGAAUAUCAAACUGAACACAUGAUCAGAUUUCUAUGUGUAUGGACUGACAGUAGUUUUCAACAUUUCACCACGACUUGUCACAUAUCAAAAUCAUUCAAGUCACACAAAAAAUUCUGGUUCAUCAAUUACUAAUAUUUCAAAAUCAUGCAAUUGAUGGAGGAAAAAAGAGAAUUUUGGUUAUGUUUUCUUCUCUGUAAUUGCAACAUUUAAAUGAGACUCCUGAAUCCAAGGGUUUGAAUGGUAUAAUACACAGAUGACAUAUUAAUUUCUAUCCCUACUUUAGUUCAGGAGGAUAUAAUUGAUGCGGAAAGAGUUUAAUCCCAGCCUAUGCAGAUGUUCAUCCUAUUCUGACAAGUACAUCUCUAGAAAGAGUGUGAAUAUCAGUUUUAUUCCAGAGACCUGUACUUAUGAUCGGUGGGAAAAAAAAUCAUACAAGCCAUACAGCAAAUGUUUACAUUUAAAAAUGCUAUCACAAAUCAUAUUAAACAUUAUUGUUAAAAGUGAAGAAAACUACCAAGGAUUUUCUUUACUAUGUGGCACUAGAAACUCAAAAAAACAUGUAGUGCUGUAGCAUCAUUUCUAUCAAUGGAUCAACUUGUAAACACCCCAAUAAUUAUAUUUAUGAUUUAAGGUCUAAUUAAAAUCAAAUUCAUUUUGUAACAAACUUAAAAAUGAGUAAGUGGAUAUAUGAAAAUUCAUAUAAAUUUUUAAAAUUGAAAGUAACACGGUCACUUUAGGACAUGUAUUUUGAUAAAGACUGGUGUAUAAUCACAUGGAGAAUUAUUGAAAUUUGACUUCUUGCCUACACCCUAAAGAUAAAAGUUUAAUUUUUUGAAACACUAUCUCUCUCUCUCUGUUUAUGAGUAAUGGUUCAAAAACAUUAUCCAUUUUUUAUUCCUGUAUGAAUCUACAAUUAACAUUCAAUCUCUCUGAUGAAGGGUCUAGGCCCGAAACGUCAGCUUUUGUCCUCCUGAGACACUGCUUGGCCUGCUGUGUUCAUCCAGCUUCACACUUUGUUAUCUAACAUUCAAUAAUAACUGUUUUACUAUCUUUCAUCAAAUUCACUCAAAUCCAUUAGGGAAGGAAGUCUGCUUUUCUUACCUGGUCUGGUCUUCAAAUCACUCUAUGCCCACAACAAUAUCUUAACUUCCCACAGGGCAAUUGUGGGCCAGGCCAGUGAUGCUCACAUCCCCUGAAUAAAUAAAACAUGUAACCCAAUUUGCCAGUUGUCGAUAGCGAGAUAACUUCAAAUUUGAAUGCCUGACUGAUGGCCAUGAUGAAUUCUACAAGCCCCCAUACCUUUCAUUUCCUCUUAUAUCAUUUUAAACGUUGUUAUUACUUUAUUCACUUAGACUAAAAACCAUAUUGAACAGGAGGUAAAAAAUGAUGGUGAAUAAACUACAACAUCAGCAUAUGCAGCACAGGCUCUUGUGUGAUAAUGAAUUAUAUUAUCCUUAAUAUUCCCAAAAAUUCCCAUGUCCAUUUACUUGUUGUAACAGAGAUCCCUGUUAGAUGCUACUCCUCUUGUGAUUAUUUGAUCAGAUUACGCAAGUGAAAUGCACCAGCCGUACCUUUCACUCAUUUUAAGGGCUGGUACACCAGAAUAUGCACAUUACAAUCUCCUUAGCCACUGAUAACUUAUUGCUUUAAAAGUCAUGAAUUUCUCUGUGACCCUCAGAAAGGAGUCCAGGCCAAGAUUUUCUCUUUUAAAACUUUUACUAUAGCAAUCUCACAAAAAUCAACAAUGACUAAAUGUUACUAGGUAACAAAUACAUUAAACUACAGAAAAGGUAUUCCAUUUUAACCUCUUAUCAGAACCAAAAACACUACGCCAUGCCUAUAUAUUAAACCACGCUUUCAGCAAAAAAUGCAAUCCUGAACUUGAAAAUCCUAAGCUCUUUCUGAUUUAGCAAGAUCUCUCAUCCUAUCCCACUAGGUUGAAUCCACCAGUGUGGUUGUAAACAAAGGCUGCUUUGCUCAAUUCUCUGAGCAUAAUUGAAUAAUCUGACUUUAUUACAACCAGGUAGCCGUAUAUUAUCUCUUAACUUUUGGCGCCAAUCUGAUUAUUGGAAGAUGUGGCUAUGCAGACUUGGCUUAAUGGAUUAUUCUGAAAAAAUGGGGAAUUGCAUUGUCCUAGCUCCCAUACAAUUGCCUUUGCUUCUAGAACAGUAGUGCUAUUAAUGCAUUACAAGAGCAGGAAGUAGCAAAUAGAAUAUUGAUUUGAUAAAACCGAAGACUAUCAAAAAUGCACAAUGAAAAUGGGAUAUAGUAAAAGCAAAGGAAAAAGAAAAUAAUGAUCUGAAUUCAUUUAGUGGCUUUCUUGAUAACAAGGUAAUCUAAAACAUUUCAGGUACGUUUGGAGUGUAGUCACUAUUGUGAUAGCAGAUCCACAGCAGCCAAUUCUGCAUGCUGCAAAAUCACGAAAAACAUCAAAAUAGUUGCUAUGCAUCUGCCUUUAGACAUUAGAUGAAGAAUAAAUGUUGACAAGUACUCUCUCUGUCCUUCUGUACAAUGUUAUUAUGGGAUCUUUACUUCCAAUUCAGGAGACAAAUGGGGCCUUCAGUUUAAUACUUCACCCAAAAGCCUACAUCUUUUGGAAAGCAACAGGGUCUUAGUGUUGCAUCAUAACAUCAGCCUAGAUUAUGUGCUCAAGUCUCCCAGGCAGGACUUGAACUCAUAAACUUUUGACUCACAGUGGAACAACAAAAAACAAAUGUGCUUUGUGUAAGUGCUAAAUGUGUAUUUCAUUAAUUUCUAAAUAAAGUUAUUUUCAAAUUUGGGUAUUGUCUUAAAGGGUAAUAGAUGGAAAAUCAUAGGCAGGUGAGUACAGAAUUAGAAUUUCUACCCCCAGAUUUUUAGUUUGAUCGAACAAAACAUCUGAAUCAAAUCUGAUUUUCGGACUCCUGUAAAAUAACCUGAAGCAGUUAGUUUUUUGAUGGAGUUGUAGUUACAAACAUAAAUUUUAUCACACUUCUUAUAGCACCUGCGUACACCUGGACUGAGGCAGUAUAUGUGAUUUAUGGUGAACGCUCAGGUACUGCUUUGCUGGAGGUAUGCCAUAUCCCAGUGUCUGUUAUAAUUCUGCUUCAGAACAAUCGAUCCAAUUUACCACAGAAUCAAGCUGAAAUUCUUUAAUGAUUUUCAAUUUACUCUAUUAACUAUAUAAUAUUAAUAUUC